GCGUCUCGGUCAGUUGAGGCGGCGAUACUUCGCAGACUAGUCGCUUUUAGGUGUAUCGAUAUUUAAAUAAAAAUGGCUGUUGCACGGGGACUAAUGAUGGCAGUUUUUACAUCCCUCAAAGAGGAUUUUACUGUCAACUUUGACGCUAUAAAUGCAUAUGCGCAGUAUGUGCUGAAGUCUGGCUACAAAUCAGUCCUAGUCGGUGGUACGACUGGAGAGCACAUGACCCUCAAUUUGGCGGACAGGAAGAAGUCGAUCGACUUGUGGCUGGCGGCUAUGAAGCCGGCUGGCAUCCACGUCAUGGUCCAAGUGGGCGGAGCGCCUAUUCCUGAUGUCCAGGAACUGGCCAAAUACUGUCAGUCAAUUGGCGUGGAUUCUCUCCUCACGAUGCCAGAGCUGUACUUCAAACCCAAGAAUGCCGACGAGCUGGUCAACUAUGUGGGUUUAGUCGCAAAGGCAGCGCCUAAACUGCCCAUUUUCUAUUACCACAAUCCCGGCAGAAGCAACGUCCAAAUCAACGCGCCCGAAUUCAUGGUCAAAGCGACGGCACGUAUUCCAAACUUCAAAGGCAUGAAGUAUUCCCCUAGUGAUAUGAGCGAGGCUGCUCAAGUAUUGAGGGUCCUGAAGGAAGGACAGGAGGUGUACGUUUCUGAUGACACCCAAUUGGCCCCAGCAGCACUACUCGGCGUGAAAUCAUUUAUGUGCACGUCCUUUAGCCUUUUCCCGAAACUGGCACAGGAUAUCAUAGCUGCUGUGGAAGCCAAGGACAUCGAUAAAGCUCGUGCUCUGCAGGAAACUCUUAGUCUUGCGAUUGAGGCCCAUCUAACUGAAGGUGAAUGGGUGCCAUCGCUGAAAGCUGGCAUGGAGAUCGUGACUGACAUCAAAGUCGGCCCUCCGUCGCCGGUCCUACAGCCGAUAUCUGUCGAGGCCAAAAAGAGAAUCGAAGCCAAACUCAAGGCGCUCAAACUAGUCAAAUAGAAUUGAGAAAAAAUCUUAAAACUGAAAGAAUAGAUUUAAGUUAAGUCAAUUAUUGAACUGAUACUUUUGAAUUGAUUGAUAAUGAUAAGAUACCUAAUACUCUCUAUAUCUAAUCUCCUAAAAAAUAAAUUCUCCUUUCCACACCUAGGUGUACAUUUGUGCCAAAUGUGUCGAUCGUUUACGGUCCGAGGCGAAACGUCUUUAAUAUUAAUGUGACUAGACGAUUGAGGCGUUAGCUUACCAUCAAGACCCAUUUUGUAUACUGUGUAAGUUUAAAUGCUUGAGGGUUACUACAAACCAAUUUAUACUUAUAUUUAAUAUACAUAUUAUUAAUUUUAUUUUAUUACAAUUAACUUAAUUAACAUGCUUAUAUGUAUAAGAAUUUGCCUUAUACGUAUUUACGUAUAAGGCAAAAAAAUUCGGUAUCCGGCCGCCGAAUAUUCGGAAAGCAGAAUUUUACAAG